AUGAACAAUUAUUCUCCAUUAGAAAUUCGUUUGUUGAUUGGGGCUGACGUUGCUGGUAAACUGCUCACAGGAGAGAAAUUAGAAAAAAUAGAGGAAUAUGAAAACACUUUUAAGGACUGGUUGGAUCAGGGAAUUAUUGAGGAGGUAGAUACUUCAGAACCUGAGCACUACUUACCUCAUUGCCCUGUUUUCACAGAAAACUCCACAACGAAGAUCAGGCCCGUCUUCGAUGGAUCCGCCCGAGACAAAAAUUCACCAUCAAUAAAUGAUUGCAUAGAAAAGGGGCCCAAUUUGGUUGAAUUGAUUCCUUCUGUUUUAAAGAGGUUUAGAAUAGGAAAAUAUGGAGUUAUUGCCGAUAUUGAAAAGACAUUUUUGCAGAUAGAACUCCAUGAAGAUGAUAGGCCUUAUUUGAAGUUUUUGUGGUGUCAGGAUGGGCAGAAAGAAAGCUUAAAAAUUUUUCAGCACCGAAGAGUAGUUUUUGGAAUAACCUCCAGCCCUUUCUUACUGGGAGCAACUCUUGAUUAUCAUCUGAAUAAUGCCCCCCCUGAUAACAACGAAACGGCUCGAAAUCGUUUGAAGGCUUUUUAUGUGGACAACUGUCCCCAUAGUGUUGAAAAUGAAGAGGAGUUAAUGAAAUUCAUUCAUGAAUCUGAAUAG